AUGGCCUCGAGUGCUUAUAGAAAUGGCACUACGAGAGGAUCAGUGAAGCCGCUUGCUGCAAAUCUCAAAUCAUCUUCUUUUAAAUCGAGACUACAUCCUUCGUCGUCAACGGGUGCCGUCCUUCGCCGCCAUUCCUUCAGCCCAAACGCCGCUGCUUCUGCUGGAGAUGAUGGAGUACCUGGAAGAGUUCGAGUCGCGGUAAGGUUGCGGCCGAGAAAUGCAGAAGAGUUGAUCGCAGAUGCUGAUUUCGCCGAUUGCGUGGAAUUGCAGCCAGAGCUUAAGAGGUUGAAACUACGCAAGAACAACUGGGACGCAGACACGUAUGAGUUUGAUGAGGUCCUCACGGAAUUUGCUUCACAGAAGCGUGUCUAUGAAGUGGUGGCCAAGCCUGUUGUGGAGAGUGUUCUGGAUGGUUACAACGGAACUGUGAUGGCAUAUGGUCAGACUGGUACUGGGAAAACUUUUACUGUUGGACACCUGGGAGAUGAUGAUACAUCUGCUCGUGGGAUCAUAGUUCGUGCAAUGGAGGACAUUUUGGCAGAUGUUUCUCUGGAGACUGAUUCUGUAUCAGUCUCAUAUUUGCAGCUUUAUAUGGAGACCAUCCAGGACCUCCUUGAUCCAGCUAAUGAUAAUAUUACCAUUGUUGAGGAUCCAAGAUCUGGUGAUGUUUCACUACCUGGGGCAACUCUUGUAGAAAUUAGGGACCAGCAGACUUUCGUGGAGCUGCUAAGGUUGGGAGAAGCUCAUAGAAUUGCUGCUAAUACGAAAAUGAAUACUGAAUCUUCUCGUAGUCAUGCUAUUCUCAUGGUUCAUGUUAGGAGGUCAGUUGCAGGACGAGAAGAUUCUUUUACUAGUGAAAUUGAUAGUUCUUCUCACUUGGUAAAACCUGUGAGGCCACUUGUUCGGAGGAGCAAGUUGGUCCUGGUAGAUCUGGCAGGUUCAGAACGUGUUCACAAGUCAGGAAGCGAGGGGCAUAUGCUAGAAGAGGCCAAGUCUAUCAAUCUCUCACUUAGUGCAUUAGGCAAGUGUAUAAAUGCACUGGCAGAGAAUAGCGCUCAUGUGCCAGUUCGUGAUUCAAAGCUUACUAGGUUGCUCAAAGAUUCAUUUGGAGGCACAGCAAGGACUUCAUUAAUAGUCACCAUUGGCCCAUCACCUCGCCACCGAGGAGAGACUACAAGCACUAUAUUGUUCGGGCAGAGGGCUAUGAAGGUUGAGAACAUGUUGAAAAUAAAGGAAGAGUUUGAUUACAAAAGUUUAUCUAGAAAGCUUGAAAUACAAGUAGACAAGCUCAUUGCAGAGAAUGAAAGACAGCAAAAAGCUUUUGAUGAUGAAGUUGAAAGAAUAAAUCAAGAAGCAGAAAAUCGUAUUGCUGAGGUUGAAAGAAACUUUGCUGAAGCCUUAGAGAAAGAGAGGCUAAAGUGCCAGAUGGAAUAUAUGGAAUCAGUGAAGCAGCUGGAGCAAAAGAUGGUGGCUAAUCAGAAAAGGCAUGAUCAUGAUGGUUUUAUCAGUGAUAAAUGUAACGGAGAGGUGCCGGGUGUUUCUUCUUCUGAGGAAGUUGCUGAGAUAAAAAUGCUGCUUCAAAAUGAAAUUCAGCUUAGAAAAACAGCAGAAGAGGAGGUUAACAAGCUUAGGAAUCAGUUGGAGAAUUUUAUGCAGUCUACGUCAGGUGGGGAGGCAGAAAUUGUAAAAUUUCACAGAAUUCUGGAGGAUGAAGCUCAUACAAAAAAGAAGUUGGAAGAAGAAAUUAUGAUUCUACAAAAUCAGUUAUUGCAAUUGACACUUGAAGCUGACCAGAAGAGGCGGUAUCUUGACAGAGGUGGAUCUAGAAAUGCUUUUCCUGGUUUAGAUUCUUUUAUAUCUCAAGCUAGGCAUUCCCAGUUUGAUGACACUGUGAAUGGACAGAAGGCACCAAUGGCUGCACUUUUUGAACAAGUUGGAUUGCAAAAGAUUUUGUCAUUACUUGAGUCUGAAGAUGCCAAUACCCGAAUUCAUGCAGUAAAAGUGGUGGCUAAUCUAGCAGCUGAAGAAGUAAAUCAGGAGAAAAUUGUUGAAGCUGGAGGCCUUACUUCCUUGCUGAUGCUUCUUAGAAACUUUGAGGAUGAAACUGUUCGCAGAGUUGCAGCAGGUGCAAUUGCCAAUCUUGCAAUGAAUGAAGCAAAUCAAGAGCUUAUUAUGGUUCAAGGGGGCAUCAGUUUAUUAUCCAUGACAGCAGCUGAUGCUGAGGAUCCUCAAACUCUCCGCAUGGUGGCUGGAGCUAUUGCAAAUCUGUGUGGAAAUGAUAAGCUGCAAAUGAAGCUGAGAUCUGAAGGUGGGAUAAAGGCCUUGCUAGGAAUGGUGAGAUGUGGGCAUCCUGAUGUUCUCUCCCAAGUUGCACGUGGCAUUGCAAACUUUGCCAAAUGUGAGUCACGAGCAUCCACCCAAGGAAUAAAAGGUGGCGUUGGCAGAUCGCUUCUUAUAGAAGAUGGUGCACUUCCAUGGAUCGUUAAAAAUGCUAAUAAUGAAUCUGCACCAAUCAGACGCCACAUCGAGCUGGCCCUUUGCCACUUAGCGCAGCAUGAAGUAAAUGCAAAGGACAUGAUUAAUGGAGGUGCACUCUGGGAACUAGUUCGCAUCUCACGGGACUGUUCUCGAGAAGACAUAAGAAGUCUUGCUCGUCGAACUUUGAAUUCAAGCCUUACCUUCAGAGCCGAAAUGCGGCGUUUACGGAUAGAGUUGUGAGUGUAGGAGUGAUGGCUAGGGAUCUUCCUGCACACAUUUUCAGCAAAUUUUCCUGUAAAGAAAUGUCUGGUCUUUGUAAUGUGCAACAGGUGUUUGAAUGUUUAGCUAGCAUAUUAAUAGUUGUUUCUGGAUAGGAUAACGAGCAGAAAGAGGAUGAGGAUGAAAUUAUAUGAAACGAUUUUGUAGCUGUAGUAGUUAGCUAAAUUCUUUGUAUGGCAUUGCUUAAUUUCAGCUUUGUAAAUUUGACUAAUCCUAUUAGUAAUCAAUAUCUCAAUUUCUUCACAACUAA